UCUGCUUGCCUUCUUCCCGCGUCGGUACAUUCUAUAUGGGCGCCACAAGUUCUUAUGAUACCCCGGUCUUCGGUGGAAAGAAUCCCGUUCCGAUGACUUUAACGCCCUUAAAAAUUGACUCGGGAAAAUAUCUAAUCUCCCCCACGUCAAUCUACGUUGACGGAAUCCCUUUAUCGUUGAACCCAAGUUUGCUUGAAGGAGGAGCCCAGCUCAGCACGGUGGUUCCUUACACCGUACUACAAACCGAUGUCUACAAUGCUCUUGCUCAGUCUUUUACGCUUAAAGCAACGAAAAUAGGAAUGACUGAGACCACAGGACACGCACCAUUUAAACAUUGUUUCGAAGAUAGCGCUUCCGGGAAGAACAUAGAUGGGUCGGUGAUGGAGAUUGGGCUGCCAGGGAAUGGAAAGGAGGUGAAGUGGAGGUUUCAAGGUGAAAAUAUGGUGGAGAGAGUAUCAGAGACGGUUAUUUGUUUGGCAUUCGUCGACGGAGGAAAGAAACCUAAUGAGUCCAUGGUCAUUGGAACACAUCAGCUUCAAGAAUAUUUGAUCGAAUUCGAUUUUAGCACCAUGCGAGUGGCUUUUAGUGACCCACUUGUGCUCCAUAACACUCGCUGCUACAUGCAGUAGGGCUGGGCGCGAGUAUUUACUUGCCUUUUAUACCCUGUUAUUUGACCUGUAUCAAGUAGUUCGUUGAGUUUUGUUACUUGCAAGUAACAAAUAUCACAAUAAAAGUUACGACUCGCCUUGAUAUUACUCGUUACUUGUUUUACGACUGAAAAAAUGAUAACUAAACAUAAAAACUAAAGUCCUAAAUAGAUAUUUCUUUGUUGUAAGAAGUAAACAAUACUUGACAAAAAAAAAGUAAUCAAUACUUUCGUAUCGAUAUAUAUGUAUUAAGUUCCUUCUUCUUUGUAUAUUAGGUGCAAAUAUUUUAUUUAAAAUAACUCUCUUGUUUUUAACAAGUCGAGUAAAUAUAACAAACUUUCAUAACAUUCUCUCAUAGAUUAUUAUCUACCAAGUAAUUCUUACAAACUUGGAAAUAUAUCCAAAUUAUU